CGCGUAGGAACAUGGCGGCGCCCAGGUGGAGGUCUUGAAGCUACUUAGGAUCACCAUGGCUUUGGUGUCGGGGCCCUCCCGGCGAGCUCUCGCUUGCCCCAAGCGGAUCAGCCUCGGGGGGUGCGGGGUCCCGAGUCGUGGAGCUUAUGAAUGGGGCGUGCGUUCCACCCGGAAGCCCGAGCCUCCCCCUUUGGACCGGGUUUAUGAAAUCCCCGGGUUGGAGCCCAUCACCUUUGCUGGGAAGAUGCAUUUCAUGCCCGGGCUAGCGCGCCCAGUCUUCCCGCCCUGGGACCCGGGAUGGGAGCACCCAAAGUACCGUCGCUUCACCCCAAUUCAAGAGCAUCCUCGGUACAAGGAUCAGACGUGCCACAUCAUCCACCAGCGCUGCCGCCUCCUCGAGGGUGUCAAGCAGGCCUUGUGGCUGACCAAAACCAAGUCCAUUGAAGGCCUCCCUGAGAAAGUCCUGAGCCUUGCGGGCGAUCCAGGAAACCACCUCGAGAACCAAGAUGAGCGUGUCCUCAAUGCCAUCUCUCACGCCCGUCUCUGGCACUCCACCGAGGACAUCCCCAAGAGGGAGACCUACUGCCCGGUCAUAGUGGAAAGCCUGAUACAACUGUGUAAAUCGCAGAUUCUCAAGUUCCCUUCCCUGGCAAGGCGGGUCUGUACCCAGAACUUCUCGCUGUCCACUACCUGGAAUCGAGAGUCUAUUCUCCUGCAGGUCCAUGGGCCUAGCGGAUCCCGACUGUACUCCAAGGACCCUCUGCCACCCAUUGCCUCCAAGGAGGAGGUUGAAGCUACUAGGAGUCAUGUGUUUGAGACCUUCUACCCCAUAUCUCACACCCUCGGCCUUCAGGAAUGCAACAUCUAUGAUACUGAGGAUGACACAGGAUUCCAGGACGGUUAUCCUUAUCCGAAUCCCCACACCCUGUACUUCCUGGAGAAUGCCAACAUUCGGCCACACCGAUUUCAGCCAGACCAGUUGCGGGCCAAGAUGAUCUUGUUUGCCUUUGGCAGUGCCCUGGUGCAGGCGCGGCGCCUCUAUGGGCCCGAUGCCAAAGUCUUGGAGCAGCCCGUCGUGGUGCAGAGUGUGGGCACUGAUGGACGCGUCUUCCAGUUCCUGGUCUUCCAGCUGAAUACCACAGAUCUGGCCUCUGAAGAAGGCAUCAAGAAUCUGGUCUGGAUGGACUCAGACCAACUCCUCUACCAGCACUUCUGGUGUCGCCCUGUAAUCAGGAAGAAGGUGGUUGUGGAACCUGUUGGGCCCGUUGGUUUCCAGCCAGAGACAUUCAGGAAGUUUCUAGCCCUGUACCUGCAUGGUGCUGUGAGCCCAGACGUCUCCUGCUGACAAGCCUCUGCCCACAGCCAGCCUGACAAUAAAGAACCACCCUUCCUCCAUCCGGGC